UUUAGUUCACAAAAUUUACCCAACUGUUCAACACUAAAAUCAUCUCGUGGGAAGGUGGGUACAGUCGUACAAAUUUGAACACAUUUAAACAGUCAAAUAAUUGACGAAAGAUGCAAUAAGCCUGACACUUCACGUUCUGUAGGGUUUACUGAGCUAAAAAAAAGGCACAAUUCAAUUUCAGGAUAUGGCCGAAUCUGAGCCGAUCGGAGCUCCGAUAGCCGUCGCCGGAGAUACGAUGCUCGCUACUGUUAAUAAUACUCCGAUUCCGGUGACUAUCGAGGUAAGCACUUCAGCGACGAUCGGCUCGGAGAAGCGGAAGCGAGGGCGACCGCCACGUGGACAAGCAGGGAAGCCUCCGCCGCCGAAGAUUCAGCGAGUGGAGGAGGAUGAAGAAGAAGAUGUUUGCUUUAUAUGUUUCGAUGGUGGUUCACUCGUGUUAUGCGAUCGCAAGGGUUGUCCGAAGGCAUACCAUCCAGCUUGUAUUAAGCGGGACGAGGCAUUUUUCAGCUCUAACGCUAAAUGGUUCUGUGGUUGGCAUAUUUGUAGUGUGUGUCAAAAGGCUUCCCACUAUUUGUGCUAUACUUGUACAUAUUCAUUGUGCAAGGGAUGUAUAAAAAAUGCUGAUUACUUCUGCGUUCGACGAAACAAAGGCUUUUGCUCAAUGUGCAUGCGAACUAUCAUGCUGAUUGAGAAUAAAGACCAAGGAAACAACGGAACGGUUCAAGUAGAUUUUGAUGACAAAGGCAGCUGGGAGUAUCUAUUCAAGUUGUAUUGGGUAUACUUGAAAGAAAAGCUAUCACUAACACUAAGUGAACUUACUCAAGCUAAAAAUCCCUGGAAGGAAUCAGAUAGGAUACAUGGGGAACUGAAAUACAGUCAUGAUGUUACAAAUGUUAAAGAACAGGGAUCUACCAUGGCUCAGUGCCAAAUGAAGGAGAAACAAGAGGCACAUGGAACUAAUAGAUUGGAGAAGCUAGGAAAUCGAGCUACGGUUGAUCAGGCAGUUAAAGAACAAGGAUCUAUAAUGGCUCAGUGCGAAAUGAGUGAGAAAACAGACACUCAUGGGACUAAUAUAUUGGAGAAACUAGGAGAUCGAGCUACUGUUGAUCAGGCUGUGGAUGGGUCUGGAUCUGAAACUUCAAUUGCAAGUCUCUCAACAGCAAACUCAGCAUCCACUAACAUCAGUGAAACGGAUGAAGUGUGGCAUUACCGUGACCCUACUGGUAAAACGCAAGGAUUAUUUUCAAUGAUACAGUUGAGGAAAUGGAGUAAAUUGGGGCUUUUCCCACUUGAUAUGAGGAUAUGGACAAAUGAUGAGUAUGAUGACUCAGUACUAUUGACUGAUGCACUAAAUGGGCUGCUCCAUAAAGCCCCUCCGGUUCAUGGAAAGACAUCAAGCCGGUCUCAGGAGCUUGGAGCUGCCUCUGCUGACAGAAAUGUUUCUGAACGGUGUGGACGUUCUACUGGAACAGGGAGAGAAUGCAGAGAAAUGGAGGUACCUUGCCACCGUGCAAGUAAAGACUUAAAUGGCAAUGCUGAGAAUGCGAGGAUAGAUGGGUUGUCUGCUCCAUUUCCAAAAUUUUUGGACUUGAUGAAUGGAAGUAAUCCUUAUUCAGACAAACUCCAACUGUGUAACCGAGUCCCUUCGUCCCGUCAUGGGGAGGUGCAUGUAGCUCUUCCAAGUAAGGAAAGAGGUCAUGAAAAUGUGGAGCUUCACUCUGCCAGAGGUCAAGCAAUUCAGGAUUCCUGUGGAAGCACAAUGUGCCAGAUUACUGGGAGUUACAACCGUAAAGCCCAAUCUAACAACCAGAGUUAUGUAGGACAGUCUUCUGGACAGAAUUGGGGGUCAUCAACCAGUUGUAGAAGUUCAAUUAACUUGGACAGUGGUUUUGCUUCAGGGACCAAUUCAAAAGAGUCAUUUGAGCAGAAAGGUAACGUGAAUCUUUCAGAUCGACCAAGUCCUACUGCAAAUACAAGCUAUGACGAUAUUGAAGCUCAGGCUGCUGAAAAGCUGCUUUCUUUGAGUUCAGGUGUUCCUCUUCGUGCUUCAGAUAUACAUGAUUGGUCUACUUCUACUCCUAAGUCCUAUGUUGAAGCUAAAGCUGGACGGGCAGCUGAAAACAAAGCAUCUGCUCCUUCUAAGCUGUCUGUGCAGGAUUCAGGCCCUAGCUGGAGCAGUGGUUCUAGUCUAGCUGAUGAACGUGAUGGAAAUACUCCAACUGCAGAACCAUCUGCUGAAGAAUGGGAUUCCGGUCUUGUUUCCGUUUCUUCGCUGAAGCCAGCUGAAGCAGUGAAUGAUCAUGUUGCCACGCCCACUCCUGUCGCAGAUCAACUUAAUUAUACCUCCCCAUCUCUCCAGGUGUCAAACUUAUCCAAUUGGCAGGCAGCUGUUAAUGAGCCUAUUGAGUUCAGCACUUUGGCUGAAGAGUCGGUAUCAGAUCUAUUGGCUGAAGUUGAUGCAAUGGAAUCUCAAACUCAAAGCGGUAUGGGUUCGCCUACUUCAGCAAUGAGGUUUAGUGAGCAGAUGAUACCAGGUUACAAAAACUUUAUUCUAGCUCUGUUUGAGGACCUGAGUCCCACGCCUGAUCCUGCAAAAAGUGAUGGCUUGAGCUCAAAUGGAGAUAUAAAGUUGCCUUGUCAAUCACCUGUGACAGAUGAGCUAGUUGGGGCAUCUCAAGCUGAUGCCUUUGACCCUUUAAAGAGGUCUGAUGGGAAUUCAUCUAAUGAGCAGCGAAACAGAAACUAAGUAGGCUAAUGUCUCAAGCUUUUGACCCUUUAAAAGAGGUCGGUCAACAAGCUGUGAGGGAGAAACUAAGUCAGCUGAUGUUUACUUUACCCAAGAGGAAGCUGGGUCCAAUAGGCUGCACCUUGUAUGAGUCAAAAAUGCUAAAUUUCUCAGCAUUCGUAGGAGUAUAGAAUUGGAAGCUAUGAGCACAGACUGUGGGACAGUUCAGGGAUACAUGAUUUGGGGCUGAUCAGUUUGGGGAUUUUCAAAUGUUGGUUGGGGUACCAGCAUGGAAGCUGCACAAGAAGUUCAUAAUUUUUGUUGUACUUUACCAGGAAUCAAGUGUGGGAUAGCCCAGAAUUGGGCUCUUCAAAGAGGGGACUCGGGAUUUGUAGGAUUGGUUAUUGUGGAGCAGGCAACCGCUGACUGGUAGUGGAGAUACUCUCAGCCUACUCUGCGAAGGACAGUGAUUUUGUAAAUUUUAUUAGUUGCAAGGAGGACGCUUCAUUGUAACAGGUUAAACUGUAUUUAACUGAAAAAUUAUCAGCUAAGAAAAUGGCAAAAUGCGAUUUUUCCCCUUAGAA